CCGAUUUCCGCUGGACCCUGCAUUCCUACCCGGCAGCUGCCGGGCUCUUGCCGGUAUGGCCCUUCUGGCCGCCUUGUUCCUGAGCGCAGCCCUUGGCGCCCUGCUCAGCUUUGCACUGCUGGCAGCUGCGGUCGCUAGCGACUACUGGUACAUCCUGGAGGUGGCGAACACGAACACCGGUGGCUUCGGUGGCGGCGCGCCUCUGCAGCUCUCCUCGCAUUCUGGGCUCUGGCGCACCUGCGAAGGGCAGAACAGCUGUGUGCCGCUGAUUGACCCGUUUUCCAGUGACAGCUUGGAGACUUCUCCCUCCAUACAGCAUCUUCUCUCGCUGCACCGCACUGUCACGGUAGUCCUGCCUCUGAGCCUCAUCCUCAUCGUGUGUGGCUGGGUCUUCGGCUUGCUCAGCUCCCUGUUCCAGAGUGUCCCUCUGCUGCUCCUCAGCGGCUGCUACUUCUUGCUAGGGGGUGCCCUGACCCUGGCAGGAGUCAGCAUCUACAUCAGCUACUCAAACCUGGCGUUCGUGGAGACGGCCCGCGAGUACGGCGCGCAGCACGUCCAGGGCGUGCACAUCAGCUUCGGCUGGUCGCUGGCCCUGGCCUGGGGCUCCUGCACCUCAGAGGUGCUCAGUGGUGCGCUGUUGCUUAUAGCUGCCCGGUUCCUCAGCCUGCGCCAACGCCAAAGCCCAGGAAUGCCCCAAUCUGUGGUCAUCUGAGUCGCAGUGUGGCAGGGUGGUGGGGACCAGGAAGGCUCAGGCACCCUUGGUGUUUGCUGGAAUCC